CCUGUUUCUCUGACUCAGAAGAUGAUGGCUAUCGGCAGAGGAGGCUAACCCCAUAGAUGCUCUGACAGCUGGACGCGAUCAAAGACAAGAAAGAUCUUAACACCUACAAGCCACAAUGGACGGGUUUAUGGGGGACAUGUUGGACGACAGCUCUGUGAUGGCUCGAAUGCAGAAGAAAUUUUGGAAAACAAAGCAGGUGCUGAUUAAAGCCACUGGGAAAAAAGAAGACGAGUAUGUGGUGGCAUCAGAUGCAGAUUUGGAUGCAAAACUUGAGUUCUUCCGUUCAGUUCAGUCUACAUGCACAGAGCUCCUGAAGGUCAUAGAGAGAUAUCAACAAAGGAUUACAAGGUUAUCCCAAGAAGAAAAUGAGCUGGGGCUGUUUCUGCAUUUCCAGGGUGAACAUGAUAAAACUAAAGCUGGCAAUAUGAUGAACGCCACCAGCAAAGCCUUGUGUACCUCUGCCAAGCAAAGGAUGGCCCUAUGUGCACCAUUGCAUCGUUUGCACCAGGAAGUGGAGACGUUU